CCUGGGCGGGCACUUCAACUUCUCUUCCCUCUUGGACCUUGACCUGGACCUGUACCUGGACCUGGACUUGAAUGAACAUUCACAUUUACCCCCCCGCCCCCUAACUUCUAGUUGAUCAUCGCCUUCUUCCUCCUCUCCUGCCCUUUCCUUCCAGAUCAACCACUCUCGGGCUUCCCUCUCCCACCUGGUAGGUGCUCCGUCCCCGUCAUACACUGCUCGUUGGGGAGCCCACAUCCUGAGCUCUCACGGCUCACCCCCGCCUCCUUCAACCUCUUCUCCUUCUCUGUGUGUGCCUUUCCUUGCAAUUCAUGGCCCCAACCUUGAGGUGAUUGUCCAACCAUAAGGCUGAUGACGGUUGCUCGCCACAGAAGCAGAGUAAUCACCACGCCACCAAUCACCAAAAGCAAGGUCAAGAUGCCCCAAGCAAGCAGCCUCCCCGCCUGGAGCGAGCUCCAGCAGCACCGCGACACGGUGGGCAAGUCCUUCGUUCUCAAGGAGGCCUUCGCUGCGGACCCCAAGCGCUUCGAGAAGUUCACCCGCACCUUCACCCUACCUGGCUCUGUCUCCUCCUCCGGCAAGCCCACAGACAUUAUCUUCGACUUCUCAAAGAAUUUCCUGACCGAUGACACUCUGGACCUCCUGACCAAGCUGGCAUCCGAGGCCGGUGUUGAGGAGAAGCGUGAUGCCAUGUUCAACGGUGACAAGAUCAACUUCACCGAGGAUCGUGCCGUAUACCAUGCUGCCCUGCGCAACGUUGGGCUCGAGGGCCAGCCUUGGGAUAUGAAAGUCGAUGGCGUGGACGUCAUGGGCACCAAGGGCGGCGUCAACGAUGUCCUUGCUCACAUGAAGGAGUUCUCCGAGCAGGUGCGCAGCGGAGAGUGGAAGGGCUUCACAGGAAAGAAGCUGACCACCAUCGUCAACGUUGGCAUCGGUGGGUCAGACCUGGGCCCCGUCAUGGUCACCGAGGCCCUCAAGCACUACGGCGCCAAGGACCAGACCCUGCACUUUGUGUCCAACAUUGACGGCACUCACAUCGCAGAGGCCCUUGCCGACGCUGACCCCGAGACCACUCUCUUCCUGAUCGCCUCCAAGACCUUUACCACCGCUGAGACCACCACCAAUGCCAACACGGCCAAGAGCUGGUUCCUCGAGAAGACGGGCGGCAAGGGCGACAUCGCCAAGCACUUUGUCGCCCUGUCCACCAACGAGUCUGAGGUCACCAGCUUUGGCAUCGACAGCAAGAACAUGUUCGGUUUCGAAAGCUGGGUCGGAGGCCGCUACUCCGUCUGGAGCGCAAUCGGUCUUUCCGUCGCCAUAUACAUUGGUUUUGACAACUUUGAGAAGUUCCUGGCCGGUGCACAUGAGAUGGACAAGCACUUCCGCUCCGCGGCUCUCAAGGACAAUAUCCCUGCCAUCGGUGGCCUCCUGAGUGUGUGGUACAGCGACUUCUACAACGCCCAGACGCACCUGGUCGCUCCUUUCGACCAAUAUCUCCACCGCUUCCCCGCCUACCUCCAGCAGUUGUCCAUGGAGUCCAACGGCAAGACCACCACCUCUGAUGGUACUUCGGCCAAGUACACGACCGGCCCGAUCCUCUUCGGCGAGCCAUGCACAAACGCCCAGCACUCCUUCUUCCAGCUGGUGCACCAGGGCACCAAGCUGAUCCCCACCGACUUCAUCCUGGCUGCCAAGUCGCACAACCCUGUCUCCGACAACCUGCACCAGAAGAUGCUUGCCUCCAACUACCUGGCACAGGCCGAGGCCUUGAUGGUUGGCAAGACCGUGGAGCAGGUCAAGGCUGAGGGCACCUCCGAGAACCUGGCACCCCACAAGGUCUUCCUUGGGAACAGGCCCACGACGAGUGUGCUCGUCGGCGGUCACAUCGGCCCCGCCGAGCUAGGCGCGCUUAUUGUCUACUACGAGCACCUCACGUUCACGGAAGGUGCCGUCUGGGACAUCAACAGCUUCGACCAGUGGGGCGUAGAGUUGGGCAAGGUCUUGGCAAAGAAGAUUCUCAAGGAACUGGACGAGGAGGGCACUGGCUCCGACCAUGACGCCAGUACCGGCGGCUUGAUCGGUGCCUUCAAGAAAUACUCCAGCUUGUAAAGCCCUCAUGCGUAGGAAAAGGUGGCCCAGUCUAGGGCCCGAGAGGCAGUCAGCAUAGAAGAAAGAGAGAUCCUCCAAGCGCUUGUAGUUGCGCGGCUUAUUUACAUCUUGUGAAAAUGAAAAAUUGGUCGUUUUGAGCA